UUUUCUCUUGUCAUAGCUAUUUUGUUUAUAUCUUGAAUUAAAAUGGGCCGUCGAAAGUCAAAAAGGAAGCCUCCACCAAAGAAGAAAAAUAUUGAACCUUUGGAUCAGCAGUUCAAUUGCCCAUUUUGUAAUCAUGAAAAGUCAUGCGAAGUAAAAAUGGAUAAAAGUAGAAAUACUGCUAAAGUUACUUGCAGAGUUUGUCUCGAGGAUUUCCAGACGAGUAUCAACUUUCUGUCAGAGCCAAUAGAUGUGUAUAAUGAUUGGGUAGAUGCUUGUGAAACAGCGAACUAAUCCCGAACUUGUAAUUGUGUAGUCUUAUAAUUAUCUAAUGAUAUUUAACAUUUCAAGUCAGAAUAAAGUUUUUUCAAAAUUUUUAUUUAUAAUAUAAUAUAUAUAAAUAUAUAAUAUAUUUAA